AUGGAGCUCUGCAAUUAUUUGAGGCGGAAGUCUUGGCCCCUGAAGCCCUUCUUCCAGCUCUUAUUGCAAACAGGGCUGAUUGCCAAGACAUACACCAUCACGACGAGAGCGACUCGAGCGAGCUCAGCAAGCAUACUGAUUUGCGCCAUGGACCUGGGCAAGGGCAGUGGUAACCAAAGGCUCAGGGCAAGGGACGUACUGAAAGCCGACUCGCAGGAGCCGAACAACUACAGCUGGCGCAAACGAAGACAACCAGCGCAAAAGGAUAACUCAAUCCACCAUGGAUCGCUCGUAAACCGCUCAACGCGUAAGCAUCGCACAGCAUACACAUUGCGACUACGGACCGAGAACACGGUUCACGAAAAGCUCCACCACUCGCCACCCUGUAGCAAUGCGCUUUGCCUGAAGGCUCGACAGUCGAGGCCUCCGCCUGCGAAACACCAAAACAGACCUUACAUACCGGCGGAGCACGGACGCGAGAAUCCUGCGCAGCGAUGGAAUACCACGAUGACCGACUCGAAUGGGGCUGAAGGUCGUGAUGGCAUGGAAGACGAGGUGCUGCUGUCGCACAUCUUACGUAUUGACUGGAACAUUUGGCCGAAGAAAGACACAACUUGGACGGGAGCAGCAUGUCAGCAUGGCCGAGGAACAUGGAAAGAGGCUUUGGUCUAUGGGCUGAUGUCGCAAUAUGGUUACAAGGGGCUGGUUCGGAUACAGCUCGCAAGACUAUGCGUCACUGGCCGGCAAGGCACUCGUGUUGAGCCUUGGCACAUAGCAAACCGUGCCUGGGAUCGUAAGCUUGGGAUAAGAGGACUUCUCGCUUUCAGCGUACGACCACUUCAUCCUCCUCAUGCGCAGAGAGGAUUUGGAACACAGAGUCCGAAUGAAGCUGUCCUGAGACCUCGCCACAACAUGGAAUCCAACAACCAAGGCCGCCGACACACGCCUCCGCUCACACUUAUUCUUCCACGAUUGACGCAUCCCGGCCUUUCUCCGAUCUACCACCCAUACAUUCAGCCAGCAAUGUUCUGCCGAGACCAAGUUGCAAAGCGUUGCCGCACCCUGAGAUGCGGCAGGAGGAGCAAUACCUUAGAGGCCAGGACCGAUCUGAAUGGAGCUGAGGCAACUUUCGACGGAGCAACACGAAUUCUGCAAGAUGAGACUAUUGAAUGGGCAGAGAAAGAGCUUGAGGCCGUUGAUCAACGAGCAUGGGUUCGACAUGCUGAAGCUGGACCGCGUACUUGGCAUUACUCGCGGAUCGAUCAGCACUUUGGUGCAAGCGACAGAAGAAAUCAAUGUUCGCAUCGACACGGACUCAUAUCAUACUCAAUCGUCACCCUGGGCUUUCGAUCACUUUCCUGUCCACUUCACCAUUCCUAUUCUGAACUCGGGCCUCCGCUUCUUCUUCGACUGCUUGCGCUCACAGGAACGAGACCCAACCGGGCCGGAUGGCGAGAACAUACUAUGGUGAGCGAAAGAGCUGAGGAAAACACCCGCAACAAGUUUGGCAUGGGAGACGACCAGCCGAAGAUAAGCGACUUCAUGGCCGCGGUCACCAAGACCAUUCAUGAUUUCAAGCUCGAAUCGAAAGGCGGGAGGUCAGGCCGCCAAAGCCAGAUAUUGCCGGGCAGGUGGGAAGAGUGGGAGAUUCCGUGGCCGAGUAGCUUCUUGGGCAUACUGCAAGAGAGUUUGGCGCUGACCAGGGACGCAGGAUUUGGGGGCCGAUUCUUCGCAACUUCAUUGGAUCUUUCAAGCAAGUCCACUGCCCGAUUCAGUAAAUUGCCAAGGGUUAUGCUUGCGGGACGGACGGACUUUCGGGAACAUUUAUCAACACUAGGAUUUCGAGGACGCCAUCACUUCCCAGGCAACAUUAUGGCAACUCAAGACCUUCGCAAGCGACGAAGAGUCCGCUCAGAAAAUGGACUUUCCAGUGGCGUGAUUGAAGUGUUGGUCGGACGGCAAAAACAUGAUCGCCGAAAAUCCCUACAGGAUUGGAUGAGCCGAAGUGGAACGAAGAAAAGUACAUGGAGAGUCUUGAAAGAGACGUCGAGGAUGCUUUCACGCUUGAAGAUGUCAAUUCUCCAAUCUUCUACCGGCCUAUGCAUACAUGGAAACAGAAGGCCGCACAUGCUACGAUCUGGCAAGAGCGCUGAGCUCCUCCAGAUCACCACAAAGGCCUCUUCAGCUGGACACCGCUCGUGGUCUCACAAUUUCCUCCUUUAUGCUUUGUCAUUACCCUAG